AAGGGAGGGGUGGGGGUUAAGGGUGGAUAAAGAAGAUGUCACAGUGUUGCACAAACUUAGAACCAUCAUGAUAGCAUUGCAGGGACUCAUAUUUAUGCCAUUCAUGGACACUAAACAUGAUGACAAACAAUCGGGCAACAAGUGUGAGCACAGGGGAGACAAUGGCACCGAUGAUAUGAACCCGGAUGUGACGCUAUGUGGUGUGGGCUCGUGGCGGCCAAAAUGGCUACAGGUGUUGGCCCGACCCACAGUAUUUCUGUUCAAUUUCACCCUAAUUGGUCUAAUCCAAGGAAUGACCGGCAGUUAUCUGAUCGCUUCUAUGAGCACUUUGGAGAAGCGCUUUGCUUUUGAUUCAAAGAUCGCCGGCUUUUUAAUGAUUGCCGAUAAUAUUGUGCAAAUAAUAGUAAACCCAAUAAUUGGCUACUUUGGCAGUCGUUUCAAUCGACCCCGAAUGAUAGCGGCGGGUGAGCUGAUACUGGCCCUGUCGUGCUUCACAACAGCUCUGCCCUACUUUAUAUACGGCGCGGGCACUCACCUCUUGCACGACGACAACCUCCUGUCAACACUCGGCCGCAACGAAACGCGAUACGAGUUGUGUCCGGCAAACGGCGCCGACACUGACUGCUCGGGCGGUAAGCACUCGACGGUAUGGCCGGCCGUAGCGAUCAUAUAUUUGGGCUGCUCUUUGAAGGGACUGGGCUUUACAGCCUAUUACAUUAUCGGUAUACCGUAUAUGGACGACAUUGUUAGCAAACGCAGUUCACCCGUCUAUAUAUCGCUCAUAUCGGCGGUCAAUUUGCUGGGCCCGGCCGGUGGGUUCAUACUCGCCUCGUUCACGCUAAGAUAUUACGAAGAUGCUUUUUAUAAUCCAGGCACUAUAGCUGCCAUCAAACGCUUGGUCAAUAAUCCUAUACUAGUGCUUCACUUGAUAGCAUCUACCCUACGCUGGAUCGGUAACGGGGGUUACCAAAUGUUUAAAAGCAAAUACAUUGAGUCCCACUUUCAUCAGACCAGUGCCGGCGCCGGACUACUGACCGGCACUACAUCAAUGCCCGCUAUGGCAGUGGGUAUUAUGCUUGGGGGCAUUGCGAUCACUUGGAUUAAACCACGCCCCCGAUCCUUGGUCAUCUAUAUGGUUUUGGUCGAGUUUUUGGCCAGUAGUGGUAUAUUGGGCGCAAUGUACAUCAACUGCCCUGCCCUUAACAUUGGUAACUAUAGAGUCGCAAACAGCGGGUUUACAAUGAAUUAUGGAUGCAAUCAGCACUGCAAAUGUACUACACGUUUGUUUACCCCUAUCUGCGCGGCAGACGGCGUGACCACCUAUUUUUCCCCAUGUUUUGCCGGGUGUGGCCAUUUGGACAGGCCAAACAAGACAUUAUCUGAGUGCGCGUGUAUUGGCUCAGGUGGUCAAGGAGGAGGUGGUGCGGCCACCACUGGUUACUGUAAAAGGGAUGUGAGUAGUUGUAAUAAAAUUGUGCCCUACCUGUCCAUCAUCUCGUUAGGCUCAAUGAUAGCGUCUACCACUCGGACCGGUUCUUUAUUAAUCACAUUAAGAUCAGUUGACUCGAAAGAUAAGAGUUUUGCGAUAGGAAUGAUGUCAACGUUUAUAUCGUUAUUUGCCUUCAUUCCCUACCCAUUAAUAUUUGGUGCGAUCACAGACUCGGCGUGUUUGGUAUGGGAGAGCACGUGCGGAAAACGUGGUAAUUGUUGGCUAUAUGACCAGGAUAAGUUUAGAUAUUACUUACAUGGAGUGGCAUUUGGUUUUAUGUUUAUGGGGGCCAUGGUCGAUUUGGUGAUCAUUUUUAUGGCCAAUUGGAUUAAAAAUUUUUACGAUGAACCCACUACUGAUGAUGGUAGUGAUUGUCACUCUACCGGCAUUGCUGUGGGCGUCGGUAGUGAUGAUAAUGACCAAAAUAACAGUGAAAACAACGAGUUUGAGCGCCAGGACAGUGAUAAUGACCCGGAGCUGACUGAGUGCGGACUGGGCUCGUGGCGGCCCCAAUGGCUACAGAGGUUUGCCACGCCCACAUUUUUUACCCUCAACUUCGCGCUGAUAGGCAUUGUCCAGAGUAUGACCGGAACCUAUUUGAUAGCCUCGUUCAGUACAUUAGAAAAGCGGUUCGCUUUUGACUCAAAAAUAGCUGGUUUUAUAUUAAUUGCCGACAACGUGGUAGAAAUGUUGGUCCAUAAAAAGGUAAGUCCAAUCGUGGGCUACCUGGGCAACCGUUUCAAUCGGCCCCGUAUGAUAGCCACCGGCGAACUAGUACUGGCCCUGUCGUGCCUAAUAAACGCAUUACCCUAUUUCAUAUACGGUGCGGGCACUCACCUCCUGCACCGGGACACACAAGUCGGUGACCACUCGGUGCCCAUGAACGGCACCCGGUUUGAGAUGUGCCCCAUAAACCAUAGCGACAUAGACUGCUCCACAGGCCGGCACUCGACGGUAUGGCCAGCGGUUGUAAUUUUUUUAAUAGGCAGCGCUUUCCGGGGCCUCGGCUAUACCGCCUAUUGGGUUAUAGGCAUGCCCUACAUCGAUGAUAGUGUGAGCAAAAAUAAUUCACCCAUGUUCAUUAGCGGAUUGACUGCGCUCAGGCUCAUUGGCCCGGCCAUGGGCGUAUUGCUAUUAAUAUUCACCCUGCCAAUGUUUUUAUUCCCUAAACAAUUAAAAACGGCCUCGGUCAAGGCCAAGGAUCUCAAAGAGCACGAUAUCACAGGACUUAGAGGCAUGUGGGACGGUGUGAAACGGUUGGCCCGGAAUCGGAUCUUCAUGUUUCAUUUGGUGGGCGGUGUGUUUCGGUACAUAGGGUUCGGCGGCUAUUAUAUCAAUAAAACCAAAUACAUUGAGUCCCAGUUCCGGUACACGAGCUCCGGGGCCAGCUUUAUCACCGGUGCCACGAGCGUACUGCCCAUGGCUGUGGGAAUCUUACUAGGUGGUUUAAUGAUUAAGUAUUUUAAGCCUCGUCCAUUUCGGCUCGUGGUAUAUAUGUUUGUGGUCGAGUGGUUUACCAACGGUGCAUUUUUUGCGGCCAUGUUCAUUGGCUGUCCGCCCCUUACCCUCCCCUCUACACUCACCAUAAAUAAUCACGCACGAUGUAAUGCGGGCUGCGAUUGCACCACCAGUGUGUUCACCCCUAUAUGCGGGUCAGAUAAAUCUACCACAUAUUUUUCACCAUGCUACGCCGGCUGUCAUACAAUAGACAGAGUGGCAAAGAGUAUCGGGCUGUUCGUGCAUCAAAGGGUUAUUGAUCCAAAAGACAAGAGCUUUGCGAUGGGAAUGAUUGGCACUUUUUUGGCCUUAUUUUCAUUCAUACCGUAUCCGUUGAUAUUCGGCGCUGUCGUGGACUCUGCGUGUAUGGAUAAAUUCCGAUACAUGUUGCACGGGGUGGCCCUCCUAUUCGUGUGCGUCGGCUCUGUGUUUGAUUUGGGAAUUGUUUUAAACGCUAAAAGUAUUAAGAAUUUUUACGACGACUCGACCGCCGAUGAAGAGACUGAUCCCAAGAGUGAUGAUAAAAACCAUAUGCUUAUGACGGCUACCGCUCUCAAUACUACCGGUGCUGACAAUCGAGACAGUGAUUAUGAAACUGCUUAUAAAGUGGAUGUU